AUGGGACAUUACACAAACAAAUUUGAAGUUCGACCAACGGCGCACGUGCCGGUUGUAUUUAAGAAGACUACAUUUUUUCAAGCGACAAUGAAUACCACCUUUGUUCGAAUGUCCCUUGACGACUUUACUCGCUUCUUUCUUCCAAUGGAUCUGGCCGCCAGCCACCGGCCACGAACUUUGGAAGACGUGUUCCUUCCAAUUCCCUACACCGGCGGGGCCAGCGUUGGUUUUUAUGCUGCACUGGAGAGAUGCAUUGAUAAAACCAAUCUUUGUCCCGGCUACGCGCUGGAGCCAAUAGAAAAUGAUUCAGCAUGCGACAAUGCCAGCCAGAGCAACAUCUGCGCGGCAUUAGUCUACGAAGAUGACUUCGCGGCCGCGGACGAAAGCCUUGGUUGGGCACUGCAUCGUCUUUCGUUCUUACGCAGGCCACACUGCACAAGGGACGACCCAUUUGAAAACUUGGACAACGACGGCAAAGUCAGAAUUCCACGCAACACAGGCAGAAGAACGGACGAGGCGCGACGGACAGCGACCCUCCAACAUCUAACGACCCAGGCGAGGAUAAUGUUCUCCCACCAGCACCGCUGUUUCGCGUUCAGCGUGCUCAUCCUCGGUGAGCAUGCGCGCCUCGUCCGGUGGGACCGCGCCGGUGCCGUCGUUACAGACAAGUUCGAAUACAAACACACUCCACAUCUCGCCUCUUUCCUCCACACCUUUGCACGGAUGUCACCUGAGCAGCAGGGCGCUGACGUGACCGCGGAGCUCGUUGACUUCGACUCGGACGAUUUUCGGCUGAUGCUGGAGGUCGCGAACCACGACGUGAACGGAAGUUCAUACGCACGCGACUUGUUCCAUGAGUCGAUCCAGGAGCCUGAUUGGGCAUGCUGGAAACUGCGCGUUCCUUCCGGCGACGGGUCUGAGGAGUCCCGCGAAUUUCUGGUGGGAAAGCCACUUUUUCUAGCGAAUGAACUGCGGGGUCGCGCGACGCGCGGAUACGUCGCGUUCGACUGCUUGGGGGAACGAUUCGUGUUCCUCAAGGACGUCUGGCGCGUCUCAUUCCCAGAGUUACAGCAGGAGGGUGACGUCCUGCAGACACUUCAGAAGGCCGGCGUCAAGCAUAUUCCGACCUUUAUCUGCCAUGGGGACAUCGAUGGCCAGAGGUCGUUAACACAGGAACACGCCACUUCUGAUCGUUUGGCUUCGGCCUACGUCCACUACCGCCUUGCGGUCGAAGAGGUAUGCCGUCCUUUGGGUCACCAUCGUGAUGGUCAGGAGUUGGUGGGGAUCGUCGCUGAUUGCGUGGAGGCGCACGGGCAGGCAGUCGAGAGGGCCGGGUUGAUGCAUUGCGAUAUCAGUGCAGAGAAUAUUCUCAUUUUCGAGAAGCCUGUGCUUCAAGGCGUAAGUGAAUGGCGGGGAAUACUGUGCGAUUGGGAACUCUCCAGGCCUGUGCAUGAUGGACCCAACAGCAUGAAGGAAGCCGUCAGAUUUCAAGGUGCAACGGGUACUCAGGCAUAUAUGUCGGUUCACUCGCUGGACCAUCCGGAUAGCCCAAUUACUGUUGCCGACGAGCUCGAAAGUUUUUUCCAUGUCCUCUUUAAUGUCGCCCUUAACUCCACGGAGAACAAUAUUCCGAACCUUGAAGAAUUCUUAACGCAAUACUUCCACAGUUGUCCAGCGGACGGUCGCUGUGGCUCCGUCAAACGUACAGCCAUGAUCGAUGGCCGCUUUAUGCACCAGGAUGUCCCCAUCAUGUUUGCUGACAGUGCGGAGGCGUCGCAGUGGCCACUCAACGUUCUUCUUCCGAUCCUUGCCGCGUGGUUUAGCGCUCGCUAUGCUCUCGAGCAUUUUAAGGAUAUUAUGGAGAGCAAUAGAGACAGCAACAAGAUGGCCAAGAAGGGUGGAAUCAAGCUGCGGCGCGUUCCUCCACUUCUGCGCUACCUUGACUUCACGGUGGCAAUCACAUGGUGCAGAGAUCGUGUCGCCCAGUUGAAGACGCACGACACGAUGCGUCAAUUGCUCCAAAUAUUUCUUCCCGGGGUUACGCAGCCGGCAGACGACAAAUCUUCUACCGUUGAUUAUAUCGGGAGAAAUGCGCAGCAGGACUCGUCUGUAUCGACCACGAAUCGAAAGCGCUCGUUGGAAGAAGAGCCGGUGGAUUUACCUUUAGCAAAGCGCGCCAAAUAUCUCCCUGCUCGAACUCAUCACUUGAAGAAUGACCGGUGA